UCUAAGGGGAAGUUGCGAGAAGAAAGAAAGGAGGAGACGUGACGGGAUUGUUGAAAUUUUCUUGGUUUCCCCAGCACCACCUCAGCACAGUGUCCCGGGUACCUUCUGUAAAUACUACGGCGGCGGUAUUUAAAGUUCAAAACAUCGUCUGGCUCUCAGCAGAAGUCCUGAUAGUGAGGUUGAGCACACAGGACACCGGGGGAUCUGACUAGGUCAUGGCCAAUCGGGGAGGAGCUACGAGACCCAAUGGACCCAAUGCAGGGAACAAGAUCUGUCAGUUUAAGCUGGUGCUGUUGGGGGAGUCAGCUGUUGGAAAGUCCAGCUUAGUGCUUCGCUUCGUCAAGGGCCAGUUCCAUGAAUUCCAGGAGAGCACAAUUGGAGCGGCCUUUCUCACCCAGACAGUGUGUCUAGAUGACACAACAGUGAAGUUUGAAAUCUGGGACACUGCAGGUCAGGAGCGUUACCACAGUUUGGCACCUAUGUACUACAGAGGAGCACAGGCUGCCAUUGUGGUCUACGACAUCACAAACGAGGAGUCCUUUGCUCGGGCAAAGAACUGGGUGAAGGAGCUGCAGAGACAAGCUAGCCCUAAUAUAGUCAUCGCUCUGUCAGGCAACAAAGCUGACCUAGCCAACAAGAGAGCUGUUGACUUCCAGGAUGCCCAGUCCUACGCAGAUGACAACAGCUUACUUUUCAUGGAGACGUCGGCUAAGACAUCUAUGAAUGUGAAUGAGAUAUUUAUGGCUAUUGCAAAGAGAUUGCCGAAGAGUGAGCCUCAGGCUGCAGGAGCCAACAGUGGGCGGAACCGGGGAGUGGACCUGACAGAAGCUGCCCAGCCAGCCAAGGCUCCAUGCUGCAGUAACUAAAGUGAUGAACGCCCUCCCUCCAACCAACCUGUAUAGCAGUAACUAAUGCGGCUGAUGCCCUGAAUGCCACUGCAGUUACUAAUGCAAUGUGUUGUACUCUUAUCUCCAAUUCUCUGAUCGGCAAAACAAGAAAAGAUACCCCGUGCCCACCUUUUAUUUAGCAGUAGCGAAGUCAAUGCCAUUACACUGAUCCCUCAACGUGGCUCUGCUUCUUUUCCUACAUCAUGGUUCUGCUGCUGCCUGGUGAAGCCUCCUAACCAUUCUUUCUUACUCUGCCAUCAAAAUCUAUUAGUUAUUGCUGAUAGAUUAAUGACAGCAGAUAUUAGAGAAUAUUAGUGCACCCCGCCUUCCAUCAUCUUCCUUCCAAUGUGUAGAUAUGAGUUUCAUUUAUAGGAAGUGGUCACUUCCCCUUUCUGGGAUAGCUUAAGACUUAACUACAGCAAUUCUAAAACCAGUCUUUUGUUUUUGUUCAUUUUUUUGAUUAUUUUGUUAAUUAUUUUUUGCUAUAAUUUUGUCAAAAUCAUGGAUGCACAUACCUGUAUACAUGUAUGGCCUAAAAUAGAAAAACAAAAAACUGUGUUUUACCUUUUGUCUGCAGUAGCACAGAAGAAAAUGUGUAUUAGAGAAGAGGAGUGUUUUCUUAUGAAUCUGAGAAAGAGGAAAGGCAGAGGGUGGUGGCAGACAGAGAGGAACUCAAAGCUUCAUGCCUCUCUUUUGUAACUGGGACCCUUUUAUCUGAAAGGUUAAAAACAUUUGUGGACUGUAGUCCUUUUAGAUUUACUUUCUCUGAUUCCUUCUGCCUGUCCACUGCUAUCCACGUCCUUUCCCCUCAAAACCUUAAGUAGCACUAGUGUACAUUUUCUUCUACCACCCUAAGGCUCCAUUCUGGGGCCAUGCCUGCUUCUAGCUGUCCCUAGUGGCAUUGUGCAAUGUUUCACAGUAUUUACUCUGUGAUUUUGAGCAUCUGCAAGGACCAUUGCAGCACAGUGAUACCCCCUGCUCUACCCAGCUUUCUCCACAACAAAGUGCAGGGGCCUCUGAGGUACACAUCAGUGUCACCACCUCCCCACCUUCUGAUACAGUGUCCUUUCAUAAUCUUGUGUAGACCACCCUUUGGUGGUUAUAUUAGGGUCUAUUGGGUUUCUGCCUUUGGAUGAUUUAGUUAAUGCAGAUUUUCCAUUGUGCUAAUGACGCUGGACCGCUGCUGGGUUUGCACAUGGUAAAAAGCAAAGGUGAUGUUAGUAAGUGGGGAGUUGCAAUAUGUAAGGUUGCUUCAUGAUCACCUUUGAAUCAUAAUUAUUUGCCAUCUUCUCUUGAUUAGGAAGUGCUUUAGACACAGUCAUGUGUCAGUGUGUACAAACUGGGCCUGGGCUGUUCUGGCUGGUGACAAAUUUCAUCCAUAGACUCACUCACACGUGCCCGUUAAUGUGUGUGUAUGUUUGAACACACAUUUGCACAUAAACACACACAUUAUAUUGACUUCUUUCCUCUGAACCCACUCAGACCUAAACAGCAUUGUACAUAAGCACACACACAUAGUCUGUUACACCACUCCGUCACCUAUGUUGGCCACAUAUGUCCCCCCCCAUCCCCCCCUCCCCAAUACAUUUUUAUAUACAGA